AUGGCAUCUACCUUCAACUUUUUGUUGAUGCUUAUUAGUCUGGUCUUUUAUUCUUCAAAAGUUCUAGCAGAAUUGACCUCCGAACAGAAGGUCAUUGCUCUUGACCUCCAUAAUCAAUAUCGUCGUCCUGUGUAUCCUCCGGCCGCCAACAUGUUAAAGAUAACCUGGGCUGAUGAACUCGCCGAUCAAGCCCAGGAAUGGGCUGAUAACUGCACAAUUGCGAACAAUCCUCAGCCCUAUGUCUCAGGCUUUGGCCGUGUUGGACAAAACUUCUACGCCUCCUCUGAAUCGGAAAACAUCGUGAGGAGGGCAAUAGAAUCUUGGGGUGCCGAAAGGGAGCUUUACCACGAGAACGGCUCAUGCGAUACUGAGUAUGCCUGCGGUCAUUAUACGCAACUUGUCUGGGCCAAAAGUUAUAAACUUGGCAUGGGGGUAUCUGCGCAAAAAUGUUCUUCUGACAACUUUCCUUCUGGCAUGUAUCUAGUAGUUGCCUAUUACAGUCAGGCUGGAAACUAUCUAGGGGAAUUUCCCUAUGAAAAAGGCAUACCAGCUUCCAAAUGUUUUGCGGGAUCGGCUCCGGGGGACGAUGGCUUGUGCUGGGUGACUGAUGAAGCCAAACUAAAGGAUACCAUCGGGGAAUAA